AUGUUGUUCAACAAGAUCGUUUCGUUGGCUGCUUUCGCCUCCCUCGCUUGGGCUCAGAGUAUCACCGAUGUCUUGACUCAGAAUAAGGAUAAUCUGAGUGCUCUCAUUGGUGAGUCUUGUUGAUCUCAUAGUCUCACUUCAUCUUCCCCCCCAAUCAUAUGAUAGAUACUAAACGAAACCCCCACAGGCCUCCUAGCAACUCAACCCGAGCUCCUUAAAUCAAUCGCAGAAACCAAAGAUAUUACUAUCCUCGCACCCAACAAUAAGGCAAUCGAAACACUCCUCUCCACGGAUGCUGGAAAGGCAGCAGCCGCUAAUCCUGCCCUGGUCAAGGCAAUCCUUCAAUACCACGUUUUGAGCGGAGUGUUCCCCUCAACUGCAUUUUCAUCCAAGCCGGCUUUUGCGGCCAGUCUUUUGACAGAUGCAACGUACGCGAAUGUGACUGGAGGUCAACGCGUUAAGGCUGUUGCACCAGAAGGAAGACCUAAAGGGACUGUCAUUAUCUCUAGUGGUUUGUUAGCUGAUAGUAAUGUGGUUGUUGCUGUAUGUGUCACCUACUAAAAGUACCUGGAAUUUUACAUGGUGUCUGGACUGACACUUCCAUAGGAUGUCAAAUUCGACGGUGGUGUGAUUCAUGUAAUUGAUGAAGUUCUUACCAUUCCUACCGCCGCCUCAGUCACAGCGGCAGCAGCCAAUUUGACUGCUCUUACCGGAGCCCUCACCACCGCAAACCUCGUCGGUACUGUCGAUGGCCUCAAAGAUGUAACCAUCUUCGCGCCUUCCAACGCUGCAUUUGAAGCUAUCGCUGCCACCACUGCCGGACUGUCCGUUCAGCAACUCUCAAGCAUUCUCACCUACCACGUUGUCGCGGGAACAGUCGGAUACAGCAGCACUUUAACCAAUACCAAGCUCAAGACUGUGAACGGGGCGGAACUUGAGAUCAAGGUGAGCGGAGCGGACGUGUUUGUCAACCAAGCGAAGGUUAUUGUUGCCGAUGUUUUGAUUGCUGGCGGUGUUGUGCAUGUUAUUGACGGGUUGGUUCUCCCUCCUGAUGAGUGUAUAGAAUAGGAGAAGACGAAGUUACUGAUUUGAAUUCAAGCGUCCUUCUGCCAUCAGGAUCAGGGACCAAUACCUCCACUCCCUCUCCCAAUGCAACCGCCUCGGCUACUCCAACCCCUAAUGUCGUCUUGACUAGUGGGGCCGGGAGUACCAUGGGCGCUGUUGGAUUAGGAGCUCUGGUUGGUGGUGCGGCCUUGUUAUUCAAUCUGUGA